AUGAUCCCGCUGAAACAUUUGUCUAAGAAGGAAGAAGAAGAGCUAGCCCAUGAUUUGUUCCUCAAAGAACUUACGAGAAGUAAAGACGGGCGUUACCGUGUUGGUCUUCCAUGGACUUGUAUUAACCCAAACAUUCCUUCAAAUAGAAAUGAAGCAGAAAGAAAGAAGGAAGUCUCAAAAAAGGAACUAGAAGAAGUAGGAGGCCAUUACUUGUGUCACCAUCCAGUUAUUAAGCCAGAGAGUGCUACUACGUCUAUCAGACCAGUUUUUGACGCCUCGUACAAAGUUGGAAGAGCACCAUCCCUAAAUGACUGUCUCUUCAAAGGACCAAACUUGAUAGAAGAAAUUCCCGCUAUAUUAUUGAGAUUCCGAGAAAAGGCUAUUGCUGUUGUGUCCGACAUUAGCAGAGCCUUCCUCCAAACUGAAGUUAAGGAAGAAGAUCGCCGAUUUUUGCGAUUUUUAUGGUGGGAGAAGAAAAAUAAAAUUAAAGUCUAUCAACAUAACAGAGUAUUAUUUGGAGCUACUUGUAGCCCCUUUUUACUCAGCGCGAUUAUAGGAUACCAUUUGAACAAGUAUCCAAAACAACUCAAAACAGUUACUGACAAACUCUUGAAGUCCUUCUAUAUUGACAACUGCGUAACCUCCGUAGACAAUGCAUCCGAAUUAGAAGAAUUUAUCUCAAAGUCAACUGAAAUUAUGGCUGAAGCUAAGAUGGAUUUGAGAUUAUGGCAGUUAGUCCGGGCCGGUAGAAGAGAAAUAAGAAAAGUUGUCAACUGA